AGACAUGGCACCCAAAAGACAUUACAAAGAAUAUCUGCUGAAUGAGUCGAGCCAACCUUCAAAGGCAACCAAAUACAGACGGCUAGCAAAGGAGAACGAGAAUACUUUAAACUGCAGAGGAAAUUACAAGAAAUACCUCAGUGCAUCCUGUACAACUAACAAUAGAGGAGUCUUGAAAGAGAUUCCACUUUCAAAUAACGGUGAACGAACAUAUUCUCUGGAGGAAUAUCCAGGAGACAAUCCCACAACUAACAAACAGAAUGUUCCCGAUGAGGGCCUUGUUGCAGAAGGACCAAGCGGUCAGUCAUCUUUAGAAUGUUUGAGAGGAAAGCAUCUUGUCACUCCAAUAACAGAGCAUCUGCUUCAGGACAGACCAAACAGAGAUUCAUCAGAGCCUGCCGGAGAGGGGGUCUCCAGAAAUACCCACCCAGUGCUAGAAUUGCCACCCUCCACCUACUCACACUGCACUUUUCAAUUUUGUGGGGAUCAACAAGAUAUGCAAAUCGGACCAGAAGCACAGGACAUGUUAGAGAAGCAACCAGGAUGCAAUGUGCCUGCUACUCCAACUGAUCAGCAAGAGACACCAAACCAACAGGCAGAGACAUUUUUGUUGGAUGGAGAUGAUCCAGCGUAUCCUGGAGCUCCACUGACAAAGGGACAAAGUUUAAUCUUACUGAUGUCUUAUGUACUAAGGCACAAUGUGACAGGUGUGGCACUGGAACAUCUACUGAAGAUUGUUAAUGAACAUUUCCCUGGAAUGGUACCAGUAACCACAUACCUUUUUCACAAAGCUUAUGGACAAUAUGGAAAUUAUGUCCCCCAUUUUUACUGUCCAGCAUGUGAAAACUACUUGGGGGUAAAUAAUACCAGUGAACUACAGUGUGGAGCUUGUAAUGCAGUAACUGAUUCAGAGAGCUGUCUCAAAAGUGGGUGUUUCUUUCUAGUGCUUAGUUUGGAUUCACAAAUCAAAACAUUGCUUGAACAAAACCAAAGUUUAAAAAAAGACUGGCAAUGUGCAGAUGUCAUGUCAGAUAUACAGUGUGGAGAAGAGUACCAUAAACUCAAAGAAUCAGGUGAAUUAGGUGAGGAUGACAUAACUUUAAUUUGGAACUGUGAUGGAAUUCCAGUUUUCAGGAGUUCAAAGUAUCAAAUUUGGCCCAUUCAGUGCCAGGUUAUAGAACUUGAACCUAAAGAACGGAAGGCAAAUAUCUGUCUUCCUUGUCUCUGGUUUGGCGAGAAGAAGCCAAACUUCUUAACAUAUUUGAAGCCAUUUGUUGAUGAACUGCAAAUUUUAGAACAAAAUGGUAUUAAAUGGAAGGACUCAGCAAAUGUACAACAUGUCUCCAAAGUGUAUGCUCUGAUAUGCAGUUCAGAUUCAGUUGCUCGCCCACUUCUAAGAAACACCAAACAGUUUAAUGGCUUUUAUGGAUGUGAUUUUUGUUACCAUGUUGGUGGUGGUCCUUACACAAACAAAGGCCCAAAACCACAUCUUAGAACUGAAGCUAAGCAUUUUGAUCACGCAAUGGCUGCAACACCAGACAGUCCAGUAAUGGGAGUAAAAGGACCUUCACCAUUAAUGAAACUCACAAAGUUUCAAAUGAUAAAUGGAUUUGUUCCAGAGUAUCAGCAUUGUGUCUGCCUUGGUGUGACAAGGCAAUUAGCAAAACUGUGGUUUGACUCAAGAAAUCAUGACAAAGAGUGGUACUUAGGAGCAAAAUCAGACCGCAUUGACAAAGAGCUCAUUGCAAUUCAACCCCCUGUUGAGAUAACAAGAGUACCACGAUCUGUUGCAGACAGAAAAUAUUGGAAAGCAUCAGAGUGGAGGUCAUUCCUGUUAUUCUAUUGCCUGCCUUUACUGAAUGGGGUCUUACUAAAGAAGUUCUGGAACCACCUUUUUCUGUUUGUGUUCGCUAUGCACAUUCUUUUGGGAGAAAAGGUGAAACGCUGUGAUAUUGAAGUAGCUGAAAGAGCUCUCAAGAAGUUCUCACUGCAGUUUGAGAAGUUAUAUGGUGCAGCAAAUAUGACAUUUAAUGUCCAUCUUCUGACACACCUUGCAGCAAGUGUUAGGAACUGGGGCCCUUUGUGGGCCACAUCAACCUUUUCCUUUGAAUCAUUUAAUGGCACUUUGUUACAGUACUUCAAUGGGACAACACAUGUUCCAGAGCAAAUAGUUAAAAGGUUUCUUUGCUGGAGGAGUCUAACACAAAAAGCCGAAAAGUACAUGGUAGAUGCUAAUGAAGGGGUGAAAUGCAUUUUUUCACAUCUCCUAAACAGCAAUGUAUCAAGUUCUAAUUCAUCUACCCUGAAUGAAAAUGUCAGGGUUUUUGGUAAUCCCUGUCAUCACAAACUGUCAGCAUUAGAAAAACUUGCUAUCAAAGACUUGCUAAGUGUUACAGUCGAACACUGUGUUUGUUUUCACCGUUUCAUUGUAAAAGGCGUACUGUAUCAUUCCAGCAGUAACAGAAGUCUAAAAAAAAGGAUCAACUCAACAGUGGAGUUACAGGAUGGAAGAUUAUGUAGAAUUCUUUGCAUGUCAGUAUUCAGAGCAGGCGAUUUGUCAUUGCACUGUAUAUUGGUAAAGGAGCUUGUGAAGACUGAGGGACAGCUCUGCAAGGAUAGUCAACUGAACAUUGCUUCCACUUUUAUGUCUGAGGUGUCAGAAUCUAGGAAUGUUUAUGCGGUGCCCACUGACCUGUUCCACAGGAAAUGUGUUUUGAUCCAAUCAAGAGACAAACAAUAUGUUAUUCCUCUACCAAAUAAUGUAGAGAGAGAUUAAAUAGUUACUGGGGAAGUUAGAGAAAAAUUGCUGAAACCACUGCCAAAUUGUAAGAAAUAGGGAUUACAUAUCAGUGUGUAUUCUUGGUGUGCCUUAAAACUAGUGGACAAUGUCCAAAAAUGGCAACUUCAGAGGAUUAAGUCUGUAAAAAUGAUAAGGCAUACAUGGGCAAGCACACAAAGACUGUGCUGUUAAACAGUUAGUAUAACAGUUGUGGUAUAACAAAACACAAACAAAAUUGUAGGGGUGAAUACUUUUGCAAGGCACUGUACCUGGCCUCAAAAUGUUGAACUUUAACAGACUGUUUUCAUGCAAAAUCAAAGACUUUCAAAGGAUUAAUUUUUCUGUCAAGCAGCAAAGCAAAUUUCCUGUUAUCUACACAUCUUAAUAUGUUCAUAAGUGUAAUGUGUUUUCUGAUUGCUGUCAAAUGUAAGUGAAACAAUCCAAGCUUUGGAAUAUGUACUUUCCAUGUGAUGAUAAGAAAUACACAAGGUUGUACUGUUUUCUUAUUAGAAAUACUGGUGACUACUGCAUUAUAUAAAAGCACAUGGUCAAUUGAAA